UUCCACCUUGCCAGGAUGCCACAGCCAUGCCCAAGAAUAAAGGAAAGGGAGGUAAAAAUAGACUCAGAGGAAAGAACGAAAAUGAAUCUGAAAAAAGAGAGUUGGUGUCCAAAGAAGAUGGACAACAAUAUAUCCAGGUGAUCAAAAUGUUGGGAAAUGGUCGAUUAGAAGUAAUGUGUUUUGAUGGUGUGAAGAGAUUAUAUCAUAUCAGAGGGAAAUUAAGAAAAAAGGUUUGGAUAAAUACAUCGGACAUUAUAUUGGUUGGCCUCCAAGACUACCAGGAUAACAAAGCUGAUGUUAUAUUAAAAUACAAUGCAGGUGAAGCAAGAAGUUUAAAGGCACAUGGGGAACUUCCAGAACAUGCCAAAAUCAAUGAAACAGACACAUUUGGUCCUGAAGAUGAUGAUGAAAUCCAGUUUGAUGAUAUCGGGGAUGAUGAUGAAGACACUGAUGAUAUCUAAAUUGAACUCAACAUUUACAUUCUGAUUUUUCUGAGGAUUGUUCUACUUUGUUAUUUUCAUUUGGAUUUUUGGCCAAGUCCCAUCCUGUUAAGAACAACGAAACUUCAUUAGCAUGAGUGCAGCUUGUUAAACCAGACUGAUUGAUUUUCAAUGUUUGUUUUAAAAUAUUUAUAUUUCUUUAAAAACUGAUAAUGCUGAAUUACCUGAAGUGAAAUAUUAAGCCCAUU